AUUUUCUCUGUCUCAAUGAAUACAGAAAACAACGCAGACACCAGAAAAACUAUGGGGAGAGGAAGGAUUGAGAUUAAGAAGAUUGAAAAUGUGAAUAGCAGGCAAGUCACCUUCACGAAACGCCGUAACGGGUUGCUCAAGAAGGCCAAAGAAUUGUCAGUUCUUUGUGAUGCAGAGGUUGCUGUCAUUGUUUUCGCCAGCACCGGAAGGCUUUAUGAAUUCUCAAGCACCAGCAUGCCACACACUCUUUCAAGAUACAAAAAGGGUGGCGUAAUAGAUUACCCACAAGAACGCUCAAGUGAACCUGCAACAAAGGAGCCGAACUUUGCCCAGAAAAGAAAGGGGGAGCCGAACCGUGAUGUAAAUGGACUGCAGAAUGAGAUUGCAACACUACGCUUGGCAUGCAUGCGGAUGACGGUUAAGGAGUUGCACGGCUUGAGUUAUAAAGAGCUGCACCAACUGGAGGAACAACUACGUGAAGGGGUCUUAUUUGUGAAGCAAAAGAAGGAGGAAAUACUUUUGGAGACGCUAAAGAGCUCCAGAUUACUGGAGCAAAGGGCUGUGGAGGAAAAUGAGAAUCUACGCAAACAGCUUGAGGAGAUGCGGCAAACCCACAAGCCAAAUUGGCAAAUUGUCCCCGCAUCCGAUCAUCCAUUAGAGAGCUCAAAAGCCGUUUCGAGUUAUGAACCAGACACUUAUUUGCACUUGGGGUUGUCAUCAUCAGAUGCUUAUCAUCAAAAGAGGAAGGCAGCUAAAAUUGAAGGAAAUUCUAAUGAUUCAGGGAGUCAAGUGGUCUCACAUUGAAGACUUGUUUUUAGAUUUUUGAUCUUUUUUUGGUAGUUUUGUUACCAAAAUUUUU